AAUUUGUAUUCAGCUAGUGUUUUUGAUUCUCCGCGAACGUUACUGCUGCGAAACGUGUUGCGAAGAUCGUCGAAAAAGUGAUGAUCACUGAUUUGCUGAGAUAUUCUUGAAGUCAAGAAAACUGUCAUCAGGACUCGUCCAACUCAACAAUGGAUGAUUCAGAUGCGGGAAGGGGCACACCGGUGCUCCACUCAGACCCCUGGGUGCAGGCCCACACCCCGACGGUGGACCCCGCCCCGAUCAUGGACCGCAAGAAGCGGCGCUCGUGGUUCUGCGGGCCGUCCACGCCCGUCAAGGCGACCGCACCCGGCGAUGCCAAGAAGAAGCUUCUCGAGGAGCGCAAGGAAGACGAGGAGGUUGCCACUCUGCAGAUCACACACUUCACCAAGAAGGUGAUGCUGUCCUUUGAGGAUGUGAGACUCGGUAGCACCAAGGUCAUGACGUUGAGGCUGGAAAACCCUCAUGAUUACCCGCAGGAAGUGGAGCUGGAAAAAUUCCCGUUUCAAAAGGGUUUUUCGGUUGCCGAGACGGUGUGGGAGAUUGAGGGCAACCAAUCCCUGGACGUCCCUGUCUCGUGGACCCCCAGCGAAGAGAAGAAUGUCCGAGAGCUGGUCACUUUCAAGAGCGAGGGGGCUUUCCGCCUUCAGCUGAUCAUUCUAGGGACUGUCAAGGUCCCCAAGAAAAAGAAGAAUAUUAAUAGGAGGUCCACUUUCACUGCCCGUAAAGGCCAAGCUAUCCAGUCCAGGCGAAGUGUGGCCGUCGCCGGAAACCCACGCCGGGAAACCUUUGUUCAAAAGAAGUCACCAAGAUCCCAACCCUAUCCUGAUGUGGGGAAGGAGAACAGGAUUCCUUCCGUCGGAAAUAAGUUCGAUACCCCAGGAACCAGGAAAGCUCGUGCCAGGUCCGUGGGGACAGUCCUGGAGAAGAUCCUGACACCCCGUAAAGUAUUGCCUCAGGGGGGAGAGACGGAGAGAGUCAUGGUCGGUGAUAAGGUAUGCACCUUCAGUCCUCAGCUCACGGCCAAGGCGAUGAUGGAGAUUGCAGGAGAGUCGCCCUUUGCUGAUGGGAAGAUCAAGACGGAACCUCGGAAGGAGACCCUGGUGCUUUGUGAUGGCAUGUCUCCACUCCUGGCAUCGACAGGCAGCCAGAACCUGCUGAAAGCUGCACUUGAAAAGAAAGCGAAACCUCUGCAGGGGUUGUCCAAAGAGCAGACGUCCACAGUGAUCAAGAGCUCCUCUCCUGCAUCCAGGCUGAGCGAUGACGAGAACGGCCUGGAGCCGUUGGAGCUGGCAUUUCUGGUACCUGAUGAAGCAGAGAUUAGCAAGAUCUUUGCCACUCCCGCAUCAUCAGUCUUUGAGCCACUGGCACACUCAGUGGGUGCACGGCUAUCGUCCACAAGAAUCGAUGACAGUGUUUACACUGCCCCUGCUACUGUCCCUGCGCCUUUUUUCCUGACCGAAGAAGAAAAGUCUCCAGAAAAGUCUCCAAGUAGUAUAGAGGAUGAUUCCCUCGAAGAUGUGAAGCCUCAAGUUAAAGAGAUCCUUGAUGAUGUUACCCAGGCGCAAGAGGACGACUUACGGCUCACUGAUGAUUUUCAAGACUUUGAUAAAGAGCAGGAAGUAGAGAAAGGUGAACCAGGGCAUGAAGAUGUAAGAGAGGAAUUAGUCAUUGAAGAAACAAAUCCUGAGGAUCCAACCAAAUCCGGUGAUACAACCUUCUAUUCUGAUCUUGAGCCUUCGCAGUUGAUGAUUCCUUCCGAUACAGUAGAUGAUGCAGACGAAUCAGUUAAAUUUGAUGAACUUCCUGAGCCAUCGACAGAGCAAGAAUCCCUUGACACCCCUGAUGAGACAGAGGUACAAUUGGCUCCAUCACCUGUAUCUGAGCCAGUGCAGAAGGUGCAAUCUUGGCGCAUUUCCCUCGGUGGCUCUGGACCUUCCACGUCACCAAAAGAAGCUCCAAUCGUCCAGAAAUCAAAGUCCAAACAGGAAGCCUCCUCAUGGAGGGUUUCUCUGGGAAGCAGCAAGCGAAGCCCUGGUGCCAGGCCUACAGCUCAGAAACGCCCCAUCAGCAGAACAUCUUCGAGAACAACCUCUUCUGCUCCAUCGUCAAAGCCAGCACCAUCUUCAAAAGCAAAUGAAGACUUCACCAUCCACAAGAGCGCUGUCACCGGCCGCCUCAAUGACCGCAAGAGACUAAGCGACCCCAUCACCGAUCCGGCCCUGCGAAAGAAGAGUCGUCCAUCUCCAGAACAUAAGGUAUCUACCAGAGAGACUCUCAGGUCAAAGGUCGCAGCUGCCAAUAAGAGCGGGACUAGUCUCUCAACAUCAAGGCAGAUCAAUCGUACAGUCGCUCUAAGGAAGGCAGCAGCAACUGGCAAGGCUGUGCCAGUCAAGGCUCCUGCUACGUCCAAGGUUAAGGGGAGGCCAAAGGCACCAAAGGCUGUCAGGGGAGUUCCUAUGGCUAAACUACAGUUGAUCAAGCCCUCACGAUCAGCCUUGCCACGUCAUCCACUCCCGUUUGCUGCCAAGAACAUCUUCUACGAUGAGCGUUGGAUGGAGAAGCAGGACAGGGCGUUCACCUGCUGGUUGAACUAUGUCCUCACCCCAGACAUUGAUACACCUAAAGACCCUAAUAAGAAUGUCAAAAUUGACGCCCACCUCCUCUGCUUGGAGGGAGCCAGCAAGGUCGGUCCCGCCCCCUCUAGGGAGGACAUCUCCCUCAGGGCCUACACUGCCAGGCGUCGCCUCAACCGCCUCCGUCGAGGGGCGUGCAUGGUGUUCCAGAGCGAGCCGGUCAUCCGCGUCAUGCAGAAGCUGGAGGCCGAGGUGGAGAAGGGACGCAUCGUGGUGCGCUCGGACAAGAUGCUGCACGCUGACCUUGGUAUAAAGCAAGAGCUUCUUAAUCUCAUCCUCUGCUACAAUCCCCUUUGGCUGCGCAUAGGUUUAGAGACCACCUAUGGAGAGCUACUUCCCAUUCAGGACAACAGCGAUGUCUACGGCAUGUCUCGCUUUGUCGUCACCCGUCUCCUAGGCAACCCGGACAUUGCCGCUGCCCACGCCCACCCGACCGUGCCAAACCUCUUCGGACCAGGUUACCAGGCUGCUCUGGCCCAGUUUACACUGAAGAAGUUCCUGAUGCUAGUGUUCUUCCUGGACCGUGCCAAGCUGACCCGACUCAUCGACCAUGACCCCUGCCUCUUCUGCAAAGAUGCUCAGGUCAAGUCAAGUCGAGACGUUCUCCUUGAGUUCUCUCGUCGGUACCUGAAGGGCGAGGGAGACAUCACACGUCAUCUCAGCUUCCUGGGCUAUUCAGUCACUCACGUCCAGCGCCCUCUGGACGAGUUUGACUUUGCCGUCAACAAGCUUUCCGUUGACCUGAGGUGUGGGGUCAGACUUGCACGUGUGGUGGAGCUGUUGACCCAGAACUGGACGCUGUCCAGAGAGCUUCGCGUACCAGCCAUCAGCAGACUGCAGAAGAUUCAUAACGUAGAGUCGGCUUUCAAGAUGCUCAAGGAAAGAGGCAUCAACGUGGAAGGAGGCGGUCUGAAUGAGAGAGUGAUCGUAGAUGGUCACAGGGAAAAGACUCUUGAGCUGCUCUGGCGUAUCAUCUUUCAUUACCAGGUUGGGGUGAUGCUGAACGACGAGCACAUCCGCGAAGAGAUUGCAUUCCUCACCAAGAACCGCAAGCUGAAGGAGAAGAUCAGCGCCCUGAAGGAGGGGGGCAACCAAGGCCCCUCCCACCCCAGCCUAGACGGCCCCCACCUCUACUUCAAGAGCCCCCAACUCAUGCUGCUCAUGGACUGGUGCAAGGCAGUCUGCUCCUUCUACGACCUACAGAUCGAGAACUUCACCGUGUCCUUCUGCGAUGGGCGUGCCCUGUGCCUCUUGAUCCACCACUACCACCCCUCCCUGCUCCCCUAUGAGAGGAUUAACCAGGACACCACCCUCAUGCAGUUCCAGAGGGAGGAGCGGGAGGACGAUCUCAACUCAUCCUGCAAUAGCUUCGAUGGAACCUGGUCCCACACGUUCUCACCAAGUACUGGCAAAGAAACCGACCAGGAGAAGCUGCUGGCCAACGAGCGCAUGAACUUCAAGCUCCUCUACGAGAAGGUCAACGAGCUGGGCGGGGUCCCAAUGAUGGUGCGAUCGGCGGACAUGUCCAACACCAUCCCGGACGAGAAGGUGGUGAUCACCUACGUCUCGUACCUCUGCGCACGCCUGCUGGACCUGAGGCAGGAGACGAGGGCAGCACGCACCAUCCAGCUGGCCUGGAGGGCCCACCACCUCAGGAAGGAACAGAAGAUGAGGCUGGUCCGAGAGAAAGCGGCAAGCAAGAUCCAGUCGGCCUUGAGGGCAUUCCUCCUGAAGCGUCGCGGGGAGCGUAUCGGUGGAGCAGUCCUUACCAUCCAGACAGCCAUCAGAGGCUUCCUAGCCAAGCAGACCGCCAAGAGAUUACGCCAAGAACUAGCCAUCAGGAAGCAAGCCCAGGCUGCCACUGUGAUACAGGCUGCUGUCAAAGGUUUCCUGCUAAGACGAGACGUUUCCCGUCAGCACCGUGCUGCCACCAUCAUCCAAUCAGCUAUCAGGGGUCAUGUGACGAGGUCGAGGGUCGUUAGGAUGCAGCAUGCCGCAUCAAUGAUUCAGGGCUGGUAUCGCUCGCAGCAAGGCAUGAGGACGGCCAGGGAGAGAUUCGUCGAACUCAGAAGGGCAUCAGUCAGAGUCCAGGCUAUGUGGAGAGGAAUCCUGGUCCGUAGAAUGAUUGAGCAAAUGAAGGCAGCGCGCACUAUCCAGUCGGUCUGGAGAGGUUACCAUGCGAGACAGAUGUACCUGAGACAACAAUCUGCUACUAUCAUCCUCCAGACUCAUUACAGGAGACACUGUGCCGUGGAAGGUUUUAGGAAGCUUAGAGGGACUGUCAUCAAGAUGCAGGCUCUGUACAGGUCAAAGGUCAAGGGUGAAGCUCAAAGGGCCAAGUACUGCGCCUUGAGGGAUGCAGCGGUUGUCAUGCAGAAGGUCUACAGAGGAAGGUUGGGUAGGAGAGAUGUGCGUAGGAUCAGAAGUGCUGUGACAAUCCAGGCUGCUUUCAGAGGUCACCAACAGAGGGCGUCUUACAUGAGGCUGAAGAACAGCGCUGUUCGAAUCCAGGCCCAUGUCAAAGGGGUCCAGUCCAGGAGGAGGUACACACAGCUCCGACAGGCUGCAGUGGUUCUGCAGACUCGCUACCGUGGUGUACUGCUAGGCCGCAAGGUAUGCAGAGAUUACAACGUUACAAGAGGAGCGACCAUCACCAUCCAAUCUGCAGUACGCUGCUACCAGGAGAGACAGCGCUUCAUCCAAACCAAACAAAACAUUAUCACUUUGCAAUCUGCUGUACGAAGAUAUCUAGCACAGAAGAACUACAGGCAGCUUCAGCAGGCUACCAAGGUCAUGCAGACAAGAUAUCGUGCAGUUUUGCUUGGCAGACGGGUUUACAGAGAGUACAACAUUUCAAGAGGAGCAGCCAUCACUAUCCAAUCUGCAGCACGCUGCUUCCAGGAGAGACGACGCUUCAUCCAAACCAAACAGAACGUCAUCAUUCUGCAAUCUGCUAUUAGAGGAUAUCUAGCACUGAAGAACUACAGACAGGUUCGUCAGGCAGCUGUAGUCAUGCAGACAAGAUAUCGUGCAGUUUUGCUUGGCCGACAGGUUUGCAGAAAGUAUAACAUUCAAAGAGGAGCAGCAAUCACUAUCCAGUCUGGAGCACGCUGCUACCAGGAGAGACAGCGCUUCAUCCAAACCAAACGCAAUAUCGUUGUUUUGCAAUCUGCUGUACGAGGAUACCUAGCACAGAAGAACUACAGGCAGAUUCGACAGGCAGCCGUAGUCCUUCAGACAAGAUAUAGAGAAGUUCUUCUUGGACGGAGGUUGCGUAGUGACUACUGCAUUGCUAAGGGUGCAGCCAUCACCUUACAGGCUACAUGGAAAGGUUACCUUGCCCGAACAGAGUUCUUGCAAAAGAAAUCAGCAGCUAUCAAACUUCAAUCUGCAGUCAGGUGCCGCCUAUCCAGGCAAAGGUACAUGAAGUUGCAAGAAGCAACAGUUAUCCUGCAGAGGCGAUUCCGAGCAGUGCUUCAAACAAAACAAGCUAUCUUGGACUACUGCUACACCCGCGGUGCCAUCAUCACACUCCAAGCAGCAUUCCGAGGAUACCUCCAAAAGAGAGAGUACCAACGAACAAGAGCUGCAGUCAUCACCCUACAAUCAUCUACACGAUGUUACCUCGCUCGCAAGGAUUUCACCCAAAAGAGGUCUGCAACAAUCCUCCUGCAAAGGCGUUUCCGCGCUUUGGUUACUGGGCGCCAACUGCACGCGGACUAUCGUUGUCUGAGAGCGGCAGCCAUCACUAUGCAAGCCAGCUUCAGGUGCCAUGUCCAGAGGACGUGGUACCUCAAACAGAGAUCCGCAGUCGUCGCUGUCCAGGCUGAAGUCCGCAAGAGAUUGGCUAGGAGGCAGUACCUUCAACUCAGAAGUGCAGCCAUUGUCCUGCAAACUCGAUUCCGUGCACGCAUGCUGAUGCUACAGCUCACCCAAGACUACAAAGCAAAGCGCAGUUCAGUGAUCCUUUUCCAAGCUCUGUACCGUGGACAAGUCCAGCGCAAAAUCUUCCUCCGUCAGAAAUCAGCUGCAGUGAUCAUUCAAGCUAGGACUCGUGGAUACCUUCAACAUCGCAGUUAUAUGAGGGUGCAACAGGCAGUCCGUACUCUCCAGACUCGUUUUAGGGCUUCGAUGAUGGGAAGGGCAUGCUUAGAAGAGUACUAUCUUGCAAGAGGUAGGAUUAUAACCAUCCAAGCAUUGUACAGGGGAUAUGCUGCCCGAAAGAUGCUGAAUGCCCAGCAGGCAGCUGCAGUGACCAUUCAGGCAAACUUUAAGUGCUUAAUAGCCAGAAAAAGAUAUUCUAGCUUAAAACAAGCAGUCAGUGUUCUCCAGACAAGAUUACGAGCUCAUAUUCUUGCAAGGAAAACAAGGGAGUCAUUCCAGAAGACCAAAGCUGGCAUCAUUGCCAUCCAGUCUCUUUAUAGGGGUUAUGCCCAGAGGAAAGAACUUUCAAGACAACACCAGGCAGCUACUCUAGUACAGUCAUCUUUUAAGAGAUUCAUAGCCAGAUCUCGGUACUUGCAGCUUCAGCAAGCAACACUUGUACUUCAAACUCGCUACAGAAGCCUUCAGCUUGGUAGAGCAGUUUGCAGGGACUACAAUAUCAAGCGAAGAGCAGCUAUAACUCUUCAAGCCGCAUAUCGUGGUUGCAGUCAAAGGCAAGUCUUGGCCAAACAGAGACGGGCAGCUGUUCUCAUCCAGGCUGCAGUGAGAGCCCAUCAGAAACGUAGAUUAUAUGUGUCUCUUCGCAACGCUGCAAUGGUCGUCCAGAAGCGGUUCCGUGCCCAGCUGUUGAGUAAGAGGAUUUGUAUGAAGUAUAAUAUAAUGAGAGGUGCUGCUAUAACCCUUCAGGCAGCUUAUCGUGGACACCUUCAACGCAAGGCUCUUGCCAGGCAAUAUCUCGCUGCCACUCUGAUCCAAGCCACAUUUAGAGGUUUCGUCACCAAAAGAUGGUAUUCAUCCGUUUGCAAAGCAGUGGUAGUCCUCCAGACAAGAUACCGUGCCCACAAGCUUGCUCAAGCAGUCCAGAAGGAAUAUCAAAUAAUGAGAGUUGCUGCCAUCACAUUGCAAGCUGCCUAUCGCGGUCACUACCAGCGCAAGGUCCUGACUCUGCAGCACUCUUCGGCCACUAAGAUCCAAGCCUUGUUCAGAGGAUUUGUCAGAAGGAAGCGUUACCUGCAAGUGUGCCAUGCUGCCAGGGUUCUGCAGAAGCACUUCAGGGCUUUGAGGCUUGGUAAAGAAGUACAGCAGGAGUACUACAUGAUGGUUGGUGCUAUUGUCACCGUACAGGCUGCUUUCAGAGGACUUGUUGCAAGAAGGGCGCUCCACAGACACCAUGAAAUGGCAACCAAAAUCCAAGCAUGCUUCAGAGGAUACGUCCAGCGCAUCCAGUACCAGAAGAUUGCCAAUGCUGCCCUUGUUCUCCAAAGACGUUUCCGAGCUUUGCGUCUUGGGCAGAGGACUCGUGGAGAUUACGUCUUCCAGCGAUCAUCUGCCAUCAAGAUCCAGGCAUUCUAUCGUUGCCAGAGAGAGAGGAAGGCUUUUGUGACCAAGAAGCAAUCUGCAGUUAGAAUCCAAGCUAUGAUCCGAGGAUACCUUGGGUUUGUCCAUGCCAAGAGGUUUAGGCAGGAGAGGACAGUUGCUGCAACUGCAAUCCAGAAGCAAUGGAGGGCAAAUGCUCUCAGGGACCAGCAAGUGAGAUGUUACAAUAUUCAGAGAGGUGCUGCAAUCACCAUACAGGCUGCGGCGAGGACAUUCCUGGUCCGCCAGUCUAUCCAGAAGCAGCACAGAGCAGCCACCCGCAUUCAGUGCUUCUACAGAUGCCACAGAGCCGUUAAAAGCUACAAGAAAACUCUGGAUGCCAUUCAUGUCCUGCAGGAUCAGUGGAGGGCACACCUACUUGCCAAGAAAUUCCAGGAAGAAUACGCCAACCUCAAGAAGGCUACCAUAACUGUGCAAGCAGUCUACCGUGGUCUUUGCAUUCGCAGGAGAAUAGCUCUGGAGCACGCUGCAGCAACAAAGAUCGAGGCCACUGUGCGACAGUUCAUUGCCAGGAAGCGUUACUUGAGUCUGAAGAAGGCAGCUGUUGUGCUUCAGAGAAGAUUCAGGGCCUCAAAAUCUUGCCAGGUAGAAACUCUGAAAUACCAUAUCACCAGGGGUGCCUGUAUCACACUGCAAGCAGCUGUGAGAGGCUUCUUGACCAGGAAAGCCCUCAAGAACUCCAACAGGGCAGCUACUAUCAUUCAAAGUGCCUACCGUAGCUUCAGGCAACAACAGAAGUACAACCAAGAGAGGAUGGUGAUCAUCCUGCUUCAGACAAGGAUUAGAGCAUACCUAGUUGGGAAGAAGGUGUGUCGUGAUUACAGUGCCAUGAAAUCUGCAGCUGUGGUUGUCCAGAGUGUGUACAGAGGCUUGAUGGCAAGGCGUUUGGCCGCAAAGCAUAGAGCAGCUCGUAGCAUACAGUCCAUGUUCAGGAUGCAUCUUAGUAGGCAAAUGUACCUGAAACAGCGUAGCUCUGCCAUUAAAAUCCAGGCUAUUUGCAGGAUGUACUUGGCAAAGAGAUUCUACAAGAAGGUGUACUCUGCUGUCUGUGUGCUUCAGAAGCACACCAGGGGGUAUCUUGAAGCAAAGAAGACCAGAAGAGAUUACCUGCAGAAGAAGAGUUCUGCCAUCAUCAUUCAAUCACACUUUCGGCGCUGCAUAGCAGAGAGGAGGUACUCUAAGCACCGCCAAGCUGCCAUCUGCGUCCAAUCCCACUACAGGCAAAUGGUGCAACGCCGACGGUACCAAACCAUCAGGGGUGCAGCCCUUGUGAUCCAGAGGCGCUACCGGGCCACCAUCCUCGCUCGGGUAACCCAGAAGGAGUACCACAUGGCCCGCGGUGCAGCUAUCACACUUCAGGCGGUGUUCAGAGGGUACAUGCAGUGCUGUAGGUAUAGGAAUAUGCGGUGCCAUGUGGUCAAGAUGCAGGCAAGAGCCAGGGGUGCCAUGGCUAGGAGGUGCUUUGCAAACAUGGUGCGGGAGAAGGAAGCAGCCAUGUGCAUCCAACGUCAUGUUAGGGGAUACCAAACCAGGAAACACCUUAAGGCCCAACGUCAAGCAAGACUAAAAACACUCCAGGCCUUUGCGGACCGAACCAAGGCCCACCUGUCUGUCAUUAGACUCCAGAGGGCCUUCCGUAACUUCCGCCUCCGCAUGGCCUUCAAGCAAAAGAUGGAUGCCAUCACUACCCUACAGAACUGGAUGAGAGCCAAGCUUCUGCGUCUGCGGUUCCAGAAGCUCCGAGCUGCGGCGCUUGUCCUACAGAGGGCAGCAAAGCGAUAUCUCGUCAGGAAGAACGUUGCUGCGACCCGGCUUCAGUCCGUUGCUAGGGUCUGGCUUGCCAAGCGACGGGUCCAGAAGAUGCACUCAGCUGCACUAAGGAUGCAGGCUCUGUGGCGAGGUCACCGGGUCAGGUGUAGCAUCAAGAGCAAGAAGGUCAGCGCGGCCCGGGCACGAUGCCAGCGAGCCAAUCGGAACGUCACCGAGGAGAAGAAGCUCUGUAACCGCACCGCCACCGCCUUGGACUACCUCCUGCAUUACAGGAGCAUGCAUCGCAUCUUAGAGACGCUCAUCAGUCUCGAGGUCGUGUCUCGCCUGUCGGCUAUUUGUUGCCAGCGUCUGGUUGAAGCCGGUGCCGUUCCGGUCCUGUAUGCGCUGGUCCGUGGUUGCAAUCGCAGCGUGCCCUGCAUGGAGAUGAUUGAGAUCAUCGUCAAAAUUCUUCUGAACAUCACCAAGCACGAUUCUACCCAGCAUGCAGUGCUUGACGCGGAGGAAGCAGUCAUUACCCUGCUGGACCUUCUUCAGAUCUACCGUGAGAAGAAUGCCCUCAUCUUCUGCAAGACGUGCGUCAUUCUCGGAAAGCUGCUUCAAGAUGCCACCGAAGCACAGAUCAUUCUCUCAUGCCCCAAGACCAAGGAGAAGAUCGCGUCGCUCCACAAGCUUACCUCUCGCAAGCACACCAUGGAUGAACGCCGUACCAAGACCAAGAAGCUCAACGCUUCUUCCUCCUUCCUCAGUCAGACAUUCAACACGAGCUCCAUCGCGGCGGCGUCCUUUGCCGCGGGAACACCUCGCAAACGUCGCAAGGUCCUCGCCCUGGCCGGCGCGGAGUGGAACAUCGAGGACCCCAUGAGGGCGAUAGACUUCCUGAAGCUGAUGGCCGACAGAGUCUGAAGAAGUCUCGUGCUCGAACUCGAGGCUUGAUUUUCCUUCCCCUUCUCUCUUCCAGUACAUGUACGUACAGUGUAAAUACUCGUUCAAAUAUGACGCGGCAAAACUACAGCAAUUAACAAACAAACAAAAUGAAGAUUAUUUGAAGUGUAAUACCAUUCAAAUUUCUCUUCUUGUAAGACUGAGCUCAGUGAAUAUG